AUGGAACCAGCCGUCGUCUAUCUCGGUGGAAUCGUCGUCUCUAUCGGUCCCCUCGACGAAGAAGAUGCAGAGGAGAGAGAUUACGAGAACUCCGAAGACGAUGAUGAGAAUCACAGAGUUGAAAGAUACGGAUCUUUUUCGUCUGUGUUUGAUUUCUCUGCAUCUCACUCCGGAUCUAAACACUCGGGCCUUCCUUCAGCUAACGAUGUUUUCUCUCAGAUAUCAUGGCCACCUGAGUUUCUAAACAACCGUAUAGAAGCUGAUGAAGAAGCUACAGCUAGAGAUGCUGAGCACGCUAAGCGUCUUACCCGCAAAAAGAAGAAAGCUAAACCUAAAGGUGUUGUCGUGGAAGCAAAACCUCAACUAGUAGGGAUCCAUGAGAGAGUAAGAAACGAUAUCGAUGCACCACCACCAUCUUCAGAGAAUGGUGAGAAGCGGAUAUCUACUGCAACCAAUCCUAAUGCAGAAGAAGCUGCAGAUCUCUUAAGGAUGUGUCUGCAAUGUGGAGUGCCGAAAACAUAUACAAGCGCGAGAGGGAUGGUAUGCCCGGUUUGUGGUGACCAGCCGUUACCGGACUCGGACGCCAAGAAGAGAGGCUCUGCGAUCAAAGAUAAAGAGAAGAGCAAAAGAAUGAGAGGACAAUCCUCUCACGCUUCUUGGAAAAGUGAAACCGAGAUGCAACUAAGACAACAUUUCGAUUAGUAUGCUUCAGAACCUUCUUCUCCUUUUUUACUACAUUGUUUCUCCAUCCAAAUCCAGUUUCUGUAACGUAACUUGUAACACAAGAAGAUCAUCUACAAAGUU